UAUCUCCAUUAUGUUUUUUUACACUUUUAAAAACCAUAUUCGUCAAAGACCCAUAUAUAUUGUAAUUCAAAUACAUACAGUUUAUAUUAGAGACAAAAUAUUUUUGCAGUGCAUACAGUAUGCCAUUGUGUGCAUGUGUGUACGUUUGCUUUAGAGAGAUGUAGAUGUACUGCACAAUUGCAUUUGUUUGUGUCUUUGUGUGGAUAUGCAAGACAUGGGGGAGGACAGAGAAAAAGUUGGAGAUAAAGUAUCUAUAACACAAUGCUACUCCCCAUGAUUGAUUGUUUAAUAACAUACUGUGAUAAUCCGCUUUCUCUCUUUAGGUGGGAAAUCUGGGCUUGCCGUUUAUGCUCCUCUUCUUCAUUUAUGCGGCACUUGGCGUGGAGCUUUUUGGGAAACUAGAAUGCACUGACGACAACCCAUGUGAAGGAUUGAGUCGACAUGCUACGUUUGAGAACUUUGGAAUGGCCUUUGUAACGUUAUUCAGAGUAUGGACGGGCGACAACUGGAAUGGCAUAAUGAAGGUCACGAUCAAGCAGAAGAUAAGAACUGCGUCCCCUAUCUGCCUCUGGUCUCCCCCAUCUACUUCGUCACCUUUGUGCUGAUGGCUCAGUUUGUGCUGGUUAACGUGGUGGUGGCUAUAUUGAUGCAACACUUGCAGAAAAGCAAUGAGGAGGCUAAAGAAGAUGCAGAAAUGGACGCUGAGAUUAUAAUGGAGAUGAUAAUGACUCGGCAUCUCAGCAACAUCUCAGUAGGCAGUUGUUCAGAGUCUGAAGGCAGGGCAACUUAUGUUGGACCACGCCCAAAUUCACCCAGAUAGGUAUACAUGCCC